UUUCUUAGUUGGUUCGACAAAGAAGAGAUGCCAGCAGAGCGUGUCUCGAAAUUCAUAAUCUAGAUCAGAUAUUGCGGAGGGUUAACUAUUUACUUUGCAGGGUGGUUCCCAAUCCUAAUUUGAUCAAGUACAUAGUGUGUUAUGAAAACAGAAGUGAGUGUUGAUAAUGUGGCAAGGUGUAAAAUGGUAACGCGGCUGUAGUUUACAUGGAAGAGAUGGUUUACCGACCGACAUUGACGCUUCUUUGACAGUCGUUCCUGUAUUGUUUUGAUAGGAAAGCCCAUUUGCUGCCGUUCGGCUUCCAUUCACAUUUUGUAAGAUUUCAAAAACAUGGAUGAGCAGCAAUCAUCUCCUGCAGCCAAUGUGGAGAACGCCAGCCAGAGAAAUGGAGAUGAGAAGACGAGGCGUGCCAACUGGACCAAAGGCAGGAAGAGGAAGAAGCCCAUGAAGGACAGGAACGCACCCAAAGCGCCGCUGACGGGCUACGUUCGCUUCAUGAACGACAGGCGCGAGCAGCUGCGGGCCGAGCGCCCGGACGUGCCCUUUCCGGAGAUCACCAGGAUGCUGGGCAACGAGUGGAGCAAGCUUCCCCCGGAGGAGAAACAGCGAUACCUGGACGAGGCGGACCGUGACAAGGAGCGCUACAUGCGGGAGCUGGAGAAGUACCAGAAGACUGAAGCCUACAAGCAUUUCACCAGGAAGGUCCAAGAGAAGCAGAAGGGCAAGCGACACAGAGGUGAUGUCGGGAACCAGGCGGCCAACGAGGCUCUGCACGAGAAAGAUGGAGAGGGAAAGGACAGAACCGUGUUUGACAUCCCCAUCUUCACAGAGGAGUUCCUCAACCACAGCAAAGCUCGCGAGGCUGAGAUGCGGCAGCUGCGCAAGACCAACAUGGAGUACGAGGAGCGCAACGCCGCGCUCCAGAAGCACGUCGAGAGCAUGCGCUGCGCCGUGGAGCGCCUGGAGGGUGACGUGAUGCAAGAGCGGGGGCGCAACGGCCUACUCCACCAGCACCUGGACACUCUGCGACAGGCGCUCGCCUCCAGCUUCUCUUCUGUGCCAUUGCCAGGCAGCGGAGAGAUGCCUACACUUGACUCCAUCGACUCAUACAUGAAGAAGCUGCACAGCAUCAUCAUGAGCAACCCUCAAGAACACGACGGCCUCAUCAACACUGUGAGAGACCUGGUCAACCGUUUGGACAGAUAAUUCCUGCACGUCCAAGUGGGAGAAAAGCACGUCGGCGUUGAUCCAUACGUCCAAGCUCUCCCCAAAAUGAACAUUUAAUACUCUGGAAAGGUGAUGGUGUAGCUUCACAUAUUUAUUACUUCUUUUUUUUAAUCAUUUUCAAACGUCGUUCAUCCAUCUAUCCCAUGUUUUGUCAAAUGUUCCUCAAAUGUUUUGAAAGCAUAACCAACAUCCCAAAAAUUGUGCCCAGAAUGGAAGGUGUGUUUGUAUUCUUUAAAAAAUAAUAAUAAUAAUAAUAACACUUACAUGUGGCCUGUGAUUGGCUGGCAGCCAGUUCAGGACGUCCCCCGCCUCCCGCAGGAUGAUAGGCCCCAGCACUCCCGUGGCCCUUGUGAGGAUAAGCGCCUCAGAAAAUGGAUGGAUGGUUAUUACUUUGUGGUUUAUAUUUUGUAACGCUCUGACGGAUGUCCCAUUUAUUUUCUGUAUGCGUGUUUGUACAAAAAAAGUGGUUUUCAAUAAACGUAAGAUAGCAGA